ACCAGGGGUGAACACUACCUUUCUCAUUGCGGACCGGGACGGCUCCGGCCGUAGACUGAAUGGGAGGUUGCUUCAUGAGUGAGCUUGGGACAGACAUGUUGACGGCAGCGGCGACGAGUCUCUUAACUUGAUGGAUUCCAAACGCUGAACACCUAGGAAAAUGAAAAACUCCUCCCCCGUAGGUGCGCCGGACACCGCUGCGCGACGGAUAGAAACCACGUAGGGCAGAGCUAGAGAAGCCGGAAGUACGUGACUAGAGGAUUGUGGGACGUCGGAGGACUUUCGCACUGGGCUACGGGCUCCAAAAGGAUUAUGGAGAUGUAUUGUUUUGGCUCAAGAAAUUUGAAUUUGAAGUCGUCAAGAACUUGUCGAAUAGCAGGAGCAGCCCCAACUUAUACCUGGGUUGUGUGAAGAAAUUGGUGAAAUAGAAGUCAAAACAUACUUGAUUAUAGAAAUGACUUUUUUUUUUCCGAGACAAAGUGUCACUUUGUAUUACAGGCUGGCCUUGAACAGGUGUAUGCCACCACACUCAGCUAGAAAGAACUGUGGAUCGAACUCAGGACCUUGCGCUUGCGAGGCAGGCGGCGGCGGCACCACUACUGAGGUGAAUGAAUUUAAAGAAAAUCAAGAUGUCACUUAUGCAUCUCUGAGACCAGUACAAACUACAGUUUUAGGAAAAACAGCUAAGGUUUAUCUUACCCCCUUCUCACUCAGUGAUUACAAGCUAGAGCAACCCAAGCACUCCAAAUCUCUAUCAGAAAAGAAUUCCAACUACACGAUGGUAUGUCAGAAGAGUGAACUAAAGAAAACUUGUGAAGAAAUUUUAACUCCAAAGAUGAAAGCCAUCCCUUCUAAGGCAGAAUCCACUCUGCAAAAAUUGUCCUUAGAUGUUCAUACUGAAAGCAACAAGUCAGGACACAAGAGUCCUUCAGCUGCUACCGUUCUGAGUGCUGACUUGGAGAGCAGCGAUGAAGACAACACACCAGGCAUGGAUGAUUUUUCAGGACUGUCACAUUAUGAAAAGAAGAGACUGAAGAACAUAUCAGAAAAUGCGAAGUUUUUUGCUUCUCUUCAGUUGUCUGAGUCAGCUGCAAGGCUCCGUGAAAUGAUAAAGAAGAGACAGCCUCCUAAAUUCAAAAGAAAGAAGCCUAAGAAGAGAGAAAAUGAGAUUGGAUGUAGAAGGUCAAUGCGAUUGCUGAAAGUCAAUCCUUCAGAAAUCUCAAUACCAGCACCUCCAACAGCACCAAUAUUAGUAGAAAAUGAAAAUCCUUUAUUACCUCCUGGGCCUUUAGAAAUGAUUCCUGAAAAUGCAGAUGACAACCAUGAACUAUUUAAAGGAUUUCUGCAGACAUGGGCGGAAAUGAAUAAGACAAGUAAGAAGAUGGAGAAGGAAUUAUCUAGCCUUAAAAGCUACAAAACCAAUUUAAAUGGCAUGGUCAUUAGUGAAGAUACUGUUCAUAAAGUUACCAAAGGCUCGAUAUCCUCUGUGGCUCUCCAUCCAUCAGAAACUAGAAUUCUGGUAGCAGCUGGGUCCAAAUCGGGGCAAAUUGGACUUUGGGAUUUGACUCAGCAACAUAAAGAAGAUGGGACUUACGUUUUCUAUCCCCACAGUCAGCCCAUUAGCUGUCUUUACUUCUCACCUGACAACCCGGCCCAUCUCCUGUCCCUGAGUUACGAUGGCACAUUGCGAUGUGGGGAUUUCUCUAGGGCUGUCUUUGAUGAGGUGUACAGAAAUGAAAGCAGGAGCUUAUCCUCCUUCGACUUCUUGGCAGAGAGUGCUGCUACUUUACUAGUAGGACACUGGGAUGGGGCCCUGUCACUGGUGGAUAGACGGACACCUGGGACUUCUUAUGAGAAACUUAUUAAUUCUUCUAUGACAAAGAUAAGAACUGUUCAUAUGCACCCCGUGCACCGACAGUAUUUCAUCACUGCAGGACUGAGGGAUACCCAUGUUUAUGACGCCAGGUACCUGAAUCCCCGGAGAAGCCAGCCUUUGGUCUCUCUGACUGAGCACACAAAGAGCAUUGCUUCCGCCUACUUCUCACCUGUUACUGGUAACAGAGUUGUGUCCACAUGUGCGGAUUGUAAGCUGAGGAUCUUUGACAGCAGUUGUGUGUCUUCCCAGAUGCCUCUCCUCACCUCCAUCAGGCACAACACUGUCACUGGGCGGUGGCUGACCAGGUUCCAGGCUGUGUGGGACCCUAAGCAGGAAGACUGCAUCAUUGUUGGCAGCAUGGUCCAUCCGCGACGUGUGGAGGUCUUCCAUGAGACAGGAAAAGGGGUGCACUCCCUCCUUGGGGAGUGCCUUGGCUCUGUGUGCUCCAUCAAUGCCAUGCACCCAACCCGCUAUGUCCUGGCUGGGGGGAAUUCCAGUGGGCGGCUGCACGUUUUCAUGAAGCCAGGAAGCUGCUGAGUCCUGGGGUAGGUUCACUGUUUGUUUAGAUUGAUCACUGUCAGAGGAACCUGGGAUUCCUGUGGCUUCAUGUUGUACUUGGUCAUAUGUUACAUUUAGGAAAUAUACAGUUGCUUUAUGAAUAAGAACCAUGGCUGGGCGUGGUGGUAAUGCCUGUAAUCUCAGGACUCUGGGAGGUUGAGGCAGGAGGAUUGCAAGUUUUAGCCCAGGCUGGGCAACUUAGCAAGACUGUCUCAAAAUAAAAAAUAAAGUGUUGGGAAUGUGGCUUAAUGCAGACGCCCUGCCUAGGUUCAAUCCCUAGAACUAUAAAAAAACCCCAAACAAGGGCUGGGGAUUUAGCUCAGUGGUUCUGUCACCUGCCUCGAAAGCGCAAGGUCUCCAGUUCAAUCCCUGGUACCAAAAAAACCAAACCCAAAAAACAAAGCUCCAGGCAGAACGUACGUUUAGUAAAGCAGGAGGCUUUAGAGGCUGUCUCUGGGAUGGGCAGGGAAUUAGGGCUUCAGCACUGUUCAUUAGGCAGCAUGUUAAGAAACUAGCAUGACAAAUUGUAAAGCUUUGAAUGAUUAACAUUUUGGUAAUCUAAUGAUAUGGUUUUGAUCCUAUAGUGAUAUACAGGUAGAUCGGCUUAGUUUACAGUUUCAAGUGAAUUAUUUAUUUCUAGACCCUUAUACUGGAAGGGGCCCUAAAAGGUGCCUUUAACUCAGUGAUUUUGAAACUUCGUUUUCAUAUCUUAGAAUGUCUUUCUGCACCCAGCCUCUCAGUGAAAUCUUGCAUAAGGUCCUCAGGUGAGGCUGUCUCUGGCUCACUGGGGCAGGACCUGUGGGUGCUGCCAAGACCCAGCCUGUGGUGCUAGGGUUUGGUGGCACUGGUUCAGACCCCUUUAUUCCCAGCAUCAGCUUGCCUGUCAACAGUGCUCCAGACUAGGGGCUUAGCUCUGUAGAGUUGGUCUUAAAAAGGAAAGGAAAAAAAAAAAAAAGGAAAGGAAAGUUGGGUGUGGUGGCACACACUCGGGGGACUGAGGCAGGAGGAUCUCUGUGAGUUGGAGGCCAGCCUGGACUACAUAGUGAGUUCAAGGCCAGCCUGAAAUACAUAGCAAGACCCUACCCUGUCUCAAAAAAAAAAACAACAAACGAACAACCCACAAAAAAUCAGAAAACAUAAUUAGAAUAAGUAUUGUUUGGUGAAACAUAGUUUCCUAUGCACAUACAUGUAGGUAUAUGUUUAUGUAUUUCUGAUUUAAAAUGUAUUUUUUGUUAAAAGUGAAAGCUAUUGCCUUAGUGUCCCUGUCUUUCACCUCUCCAAAGGAGAUUCAGCAGCCUGUUAAGUGAAUACUUUUAUUUCUACUCAUAUUUUGGGGAAAUGUUCUGAAAUAUCCAGCACUUUGGAUAUUUCUGAAAUUGUCUCUUCCCAGAAUUUAUGGUAAUUUCAGUGUCUGUUAUUGGGAAGGGGAGCUGCAAAAGCAGUGGCUAAUACUGUGUGUGACAUUGGUCAGCUUCUCGGUUGCUCACUGUCAAGAGCACUACUGAAAGAUUUGUAAAAAGCGUAUGCGCUGUGUUUGAAUUAAAAGAAACAUUAUCUUUUCAUAGUUGUAUAUCACAGAAAUAGAGUGGUUAUUUUCUUGAAGAAUAAAUUUUCGUAAGUAAUUUUCUUCUCUGUAAUUAAAAA